AUGUUUUUCAAGUCUCUGGACCUGACUACUGCACUGCGACCCUUACUGUUACCUGACGAGACCCUUCUCUUUGUCCAGGAUGCGGUGGGGUUAUAUGAGGGGAAAUACAAAAUCCCGGACUACCAAAAUGGCCAUGCCUACUUGACUUCGCAUCGGGUGUGCUAUGUUGCAGCUGAAGAGCCGCGCAAAUUCUCCGUCGGGAUCGAUUUAAAGGAAAUCGAUCGAGCCGAAUACCAGGCGGGCUUUUUCAAGUCAUCGCCAAAAAUUACAAUAUAUCCAAAACCUCAGAAGGGAAAGAAUGACAAAUCUCGAAGCGCGACUGCCAGUCCUGCAGUCUCACAACAAACUAGCCUUCUCUCGGUUCAUCCAUCCUCUCCUCGGCCGCAAAGUGUUGGGCCACAGCAGUCGUCUUCGCCGAAGCCAGUAAAUGCGACCUGGAUAUGCCCGAUAUGCUCCUUCUCCAAUCCUGUGCCCUCCAACUUUGAUCCGGCCACGGCUACUGCGGCCACUCAUUUACCACCAUGUCUCGCAUGCGGGAUCAAGCCGCCAUUUACAACAGUCCUCAAGGCUGCCAUCAGCGCCGCAACGAGUCGCGAUCCCCCCUUGCCCAACACAGCAACCUUACCGACCGAAAAUGAUAAUACCCACAAGAAUGGCAGUUUGUCAGGCCCCUCGGGACUUGCAGGUUCUGUGUCAUGUCCGCGCUGUACCUUUGUCAAUCAUCCAUCUCUUAUGGAGUGUGAGAUCUGCGGGGCACCCCUAAAAGUCGGAGGGCCUUCCAUUCAAGGAGACGACACGAGUCGGGUCGACUCCCCGGCUCCAUUCUUUGCACAAUCUCGCAUCACCAAUUCUGAAGUUACCGACAGUAUCAAGCUUUCCUUCAGAGAAGGCGGAGAGAAAACAUUCCACGAGAGACUCAAGGGGGCCUUGAUCCAAAGGAAAUGGCUACUUCAGAAUGCACCCCCGGUGCCGCCACCAUCACAGGCCGGUGCCUUGCCCAGUGGUCCUGCUAUCGCUGAGCCUCAACCUGCGACACCACGUGCUACUGCAGUGGGAAUUGCAGGUCUGGAGCAACGCGGGCUAGAAACGCGAAUGAAUAAUCAAUUAGUGAUUGGCAACGCCUUUGAGGAUCUCGAGGCGUUGAUGGCCUCGGCAAAGCAGAUCGUGGCACUCGCCGAGACCCUAGCCCGCGAGUCAGGGAUGACGACUAACGGAGGAGCCUCUGCAGAGACCAAUGCAGUCCUGUCCGAGUCGGCUGCAGCAUUGGGGAUGGUGACUACAAAGGACAUGCUCAGCUCCGGUUCCGAGAACCUCUAUCUAUCCGAGCUGUCGCGUGACCUGGCCGAGUAUCUUACAGAUGAUCGCAAGGGCGUUUUACAACGAGAAGGAGGCAUUAUGAGCCUGAUUGACCUCUGGGCGGUCUUCAAUCGAUCUCGUAACGGAGUUGAAUUGAUCAGCCCGUCCGAUUUCCAGCGGGCGGCCGAGCUCUGGGAGAAGCUGAAGCUACCUGUACGUCUACGCCGGUUUAAGAGUGGUCUCUUGGUGGUUCAGCGUUAUGACUGGAGCGAUGAGAAGACGGUUCGACAGUUGCAAGAGUGGAUGGAAGAGUUGCGCUGUGUUCCACCGGACGAAGCGGUACCGUGGGAUUGGACCGCAUUUGGUCGGGCCGUGACGGCACAGGAAGCUGCGCAGCGAUUCAAAUGGAGUGUGGGGGUGGCUGCCGAGGAAUUGGAGAUGGCAGAGGACCGGGGGAUAUUGUGUCGAGAGGAAGGUAUAGAAGGCCUACGGUUCUGGAGCAAUUAUCUAGUAGCAUAG